UUUGUUUGUUUUGGGGAAGAGAGGACCAAACAAGCCCUUAUCACAACUCUAUCUAUCUCAGGCCCAAACCAAAGCUAAGCCUCUUCUGUCUUCUCACUCUCUCAUUCUAAUUAUCGACAACAUUUCUCUUCGGACACUUCUUUCGUGAAUAGCAUAGAAAAUGAGUACGUUGGAUGCAACUAGGGCGGAACUUGCUCUGCUUGUUUUAUAUUUGAACAAGGCCGAAGCAAGGGACAAAAUAUGCAGGGCAAUACAAUAUGGUUCCAAAUUUUUGAGUAAUGGGGAACCUGGUACUGCCCAGAAUGUAGACAAAUCAACCAGCUUGGCACGGAAAGUUUUCCGUCUAUUCAAGUUUGUCAAUGACCUGCAUGCUCUGAUAAGUCCAACACCACAGGGUACUCCCGUCCCCCUAGUUCUGUUGGGAAAGUGCAAGAAUGCAUUGCUAUCCACUUUCUUGUUUCUUGAUCAAUUUGUGUGGCUUGGUAGAACGGGCAUCUAUGAGAAUAAAGAGCGUACAGAAAUUAUUGGCCGGAUAUCUCUUUAUUGUUGGCUGGGUUCCUCGGCGUGUACAACCUUGGUUGAGCUUGGGGAGCUUGGAAGACUCUCUGCAUCUAUGAAGAAGUUAGAGAAAGAACUCAAGAACAGUAAUAAAUAUGAAGAUGAGAAAUACCGCGCCAAACUAAACAAGUCAAAUGAGAGGACUCUUGCACUCAUCAAAGCAGGCAUGGAUAUAGUGGUUGCAGUUGGACUGCUUCAAUUGGCUCCCAAGAAAGUCACUCCCCGAGUGACUGGGGCAUUUGGAUUUGUUUCAUCUUUAAUAUCUUGCUAUCAGUUGCUUCCUGCCCCAGCCAAGUCCAAAACAUCGUGAAUGUGGAAAAACAGACUGGCUCUCAUCAUGCUUCAAUGUUGUUAAAUAAUUAUAUGACUUUGUCAGGAAAUGUUGGUAGGUGUGAGCAUUGACCAACCUUCAUCAUAGUAACAAACAAGGGCCUGUUUGGAAUUGUCUUAAAUAACUGUUUUAUUCUCUCGAGUAUAUGUCUGUUUGGUCCUUCAAAGUCAUGUGACAUUAUAUUGCUCCAUUUAUAAAUGCAUGAAUUUGUCGUCUAAAGAUACAUGCCAUAUAAAAUUGGUC